AGCAGGUUAUAGAACUUUACAGGAACUUAGAUAUAAAAACAAUAAUUCGUUCUCAAGAUAUGUGUUCAACGUCGUUGGGAAGUCAUGGCAUCAGGCAUGUUUGCGAUGUUCAGACUGUCUAUUACCGAUGACCGACACCUGUUUCAGCAGAGACGGACUGAUUCUUUGCCGAAUUGACUUCACCAGGCGAUACGGCCAACGUUGUGCUGGUUGCGAUGGUGCACUUGAGAAAGAGGACUUAGUGAGAAAAGCUCGUGAUAAGGUGUUUCACAUUCAGUGCUUUCAGUGUUCGAUUUGUCAACGAAGACUUGAUACCGGGGAGCAGUUGUACAUUCUCGAAGGAAAUCGUUUCGUAUGUCAGCAAGAUUUUCGAAAUGCCACCAAAAGCUCAACACCAUCAUCAACAUCGAAUCGACCAGUAUCAAAUAGUUCGGGCUGCAAUUCAGAUGCUGAAGAAGAAAACGUUGACGGUUCAGAGGAUGUUCCCGUUGAUGAGAUGGGUGUCGGUGAUAGUGAAGGAAAAGACGACGCCGCAGCGGCAGCAAAACGACGUGGGCCACGAACUACGAUUAAAGCUAAGCAGUUAGAAACGUUAAAAAACGCUUUUGCUUCAACGCCGAAGCCGACACGACAUAUUCGCGAACAGCUGGCACAGGAAACCGGCCUCAACAUGCGGGUCAUACAGGUUUGGUUUCAAAAUCGUCGCAGUAAAGAGAGACGAAUGAAGCAGUUACGAUUCGGCGGUUUCCGUCCAACAAGACGAAAUCGAGGUGCACGUGAUGAAAUCUGUCAGGACAUUUUCCCAGCAGGUGUCACCGUCGCUUACUCUUACUUCCACCUACUUAACUUAUAA